AUGAAGGUGUUGAUAAUACUUUUGCUGUUUAGCCUUGCUCUAGCAAGCAGUUCGACUCUUAGGCCCGCCGUUGAGAAGGUGUAUCCCGAUAUACGGCUUGACGUGGAGCCGGAUAUUCAGCUGGAGCCUGAGAACAUCAUCACUAAUGGCUAUAUAGCUCCAGAGGGCAAGGCUCCAUAUAUUGUGGGUCUGGCCUUUAGAAAAGGAAACUCCGGCGCUUGGUGCGGCGGUUCUAUAAUUGGAAAUACUUGGAUCAUAACCGCUUCACACUGUUCAAAGGGUUUCAGCUCGGUGACCAUUUACUACGGCUCGAAUCGUCGUGCCCAGGGAACGAUCGUACACACUGUUAACGCGGACAACAUCAUUAACCAUCCCAAAUAUGAUAUCGCAUUGAUACGCACUCCACAAGUUACUUUCACCGAUCGCAUCAACCUUGUCAAACUACCCAAUGCAAAUAAUGCGAAUGAACUCUAUGUCAAUCAACAGACAACGGCCUGCGGCUGGGGCAGAACAGUCUCAAAUAACACACCCGACCAACUGCAGUGCGUCGAUGCGACAGUUAUAUCGAAUAAUCAAUGUGCCAGAAUCUAUGCUCCGGGCACAGUUCACAGUCAAAUCAUCUGCAUAAGUACUCCAGGCGGCAAAUCCAUCUGUUCUGGCGACUCUGGCGGACCACUUGUAACUCAAAGCAGUACAAUUCUGAUUGGCAUCAGUCAAUUUGUUUCUUCCAAGGGCUGCACAGCUGGACAUCCGGCUGGCUUCACUCGUGUUACUAGCUAUCUACCAUGGAUACGUCAGCACACUGGCAUCUCAUACUAAAUCCUGAAAUUGCCUACCUUAUACUAUUGCUUAACAAUCUAUAAAUGCACAAAUACAAUUUAUCACUGCACUCACUACUACACUUUAAAAAUUAAAAUAAAUUUUAUAUG